AGGGAGUUGAUCGCUAUCGUCGAGCGUGCUGGCUAGCCGCCUCAUGGUCACCAUGCUUGUGGCCCACCGUCGAAUCGAUGCCUCCCUUGCGUCAAAGGUACGCAAGAACCCAGCGCGGUGAUCCACCAAAAUGAAUAGAUCAAGUAGACCAUUUUAUGCAGAAAAAUUCGAUACACAUUCGACACUGGGAUCAAUUCGUUGCUAAGACGACCAUGUCGAGCGCAGCGAGGGGGCGGCUGGCGUGCAUGACGCUAUGCGCGAACAUGAGCAGAUGCCAGCGGACUGGCUUCACGACAUGCAGGCCAAGCCGCCGCUGGAGAUGGGCGCCGAACAAUGAGACCGAUCGUCCGAGUUGAUGAAUCUUACGCAGAGUCAUUUGCCUGUCGACUCUAUGCUCUCGGGUGUUCUCAAGGUGCGAGCGGCUGGGGCCACAACCUCGACACCGGAACGGGAGCGGUCGCAUGCGAAGAGAUGGAACAAAAUUGUCAUAACGCCUGGAGAUUUUGCAGCUCGGAGGGUUUGCCCAUGGCGACGUCGCCCCCCGGACGUUCGAUGGCGGUGUGAUUACUUUUGCGGCACAUAUCACGACAGCAGUAACAGCACGCCGGAGAUGACCAACGAUAGGCUGCGCUCGCACAAUUACUUGAGGGUCUGGACCGCAGUCCAGAACCUCGAAGGCGUGGGAAAAAUGGAAAGUGACCCUGAAGGAACCGCAGGGACCUCCAAGGUCAGGCGAGGGGCGACAAAAAAAAUCAACGCCGUUUGUUGCGGAAAGAGCGAAGCUGCAUUUUUUGUACCUGCCAGGUGUCGCCAACAAUUGCCACUUGCAACUGCGCUGCACCUUCCUCUCCUUCCGCCUUGUGAUUGCCUCUCGUCGAAGGCCAUUGUUCAGUUCGAUUCAGCCUUCAGACCAAAUGCUUUGCCGUGACAGCGCCUGCUUUGUGUGACAGUAGAUCAUGAGCACAACCACGACCACGGCUGGCAUCGCCUCCGCCAGCAUCCCCGCGGUCGAAAUCGUCGCCAUGAGCCGCUCGUCGUCGCCCGAGCUGGAUCCCGUUGCCGUAAGCGAGGACCUGACGCCUCUGCCCAGCCUCAAGCUGGCCGGUAACAGCGACAUCGAUUUCGACGGCCAGCUCGAGCGGCCGCUCAGGGUGCGCGAGGACGUCCGUUCGGGAUGCGGGGGCCAGACGUGGCCUGCAGGUCUGGUGCUUGGGAAACACAUGCUACGGUACCAUCGAGGGGAACUCGAAGAUGCAAGAAUACUGGAACUCGGAGCUGGCGGUGGCCUGGUCGGAUUGGCAGUCGCUCUGGCCUGUGGCGGACGCGAAGGUCGCAGCCGGCUGCUUCUAACGGACCAAGAUGAGAUGCUGGAGCUGAUGCAGCACAACAUUCGGCUCAACGAGGUGGACGCGAGGGCCAGCGCUCUAGUGCUCAACUGGGGAGAGCCGCUGCCAGAUACCGUCGUGCAACAGAGGCCAAACGUCAUACUUGCAGCAGAGUGCGUCUACUUCGAGCCCGCGUUCCCACUGCUCAUGCAGACACUCAAGGACCUGUUUGUCCUGAACGAGGAUGCCAUCGUCUACUUUUGUUUCAAGAAGCGCCGGCGGGCGGACUUGCAGUUUGUCAAGAUGGCGAAGAAGGCAUUUGUUGUCGAAGAGCUAUUCGACGAGGACAGGCCGGUGUUUUCGCGCCAGUCGUUGUUCCUGUUCAGCUUUAGGAGCAAACGGGUGGCGACCAAGGCCAACGGAAGCGCCAGCAAGGAGGCCAAUGGCCAUUGCAGCAGCAAUACGACAGUGAGGAGUUGAUGAGAG